AUGGGGGCGUAUGCAAGGUUGCACCCACAUGCAACUUAUUUCAAGUGUGGAGGGGUUUGUCUUGGCGUUGGAUGGCAUCAUAUAUUGGGAGAUGGAACUUCUGGAUUGAAUUUCAUCAAAUCAUGGGCUGAGAUAACAUCUGGUUUUUCUAUUACUAACCCACCCUUCAUUGAUCGAACCAUACUAAAAUCUAGAACCCCACCUUAUCCCACAUUCGAUCACAUCGAAUACCACCCACCUCCGGAGUUACAAUCCGGUGCUUUACCCACUUCCAUGACUAGAGUUGAACUAUCACUUGAUCGAAUCAACUUCCUUAAAACAAAAUUCAAGGAAGAUUAUUGCGUCACGUAUUCCACUUAUGAAAUUCUAGCAGCACAUGUUUGGCGUUGCGUAUGCAAAGCUCGUGGUUUGCCUAAUGAUCAAGCAACUAAGUUGUACAUACCCACAAAUGGACGGUUGAGGUUCAAUCCUCCACUCCCAUUGGGGUAUCUCGGGAAUGCCGUAUUUAUUGCUACACCGAUUGUCUUGGCAGAUGAUAUUCGAUCCAAACCGUUGAUUUAUGCUGUGAAGAUUAUUCGUGAAGCAUUAAAGCGAAUGGAUGAUGAGUACUUGAGAUCGGCAUUAGCUUACGUUGAAAAACAUUACGAUGAUCUAACUGCUCUCAAACAAGGAGCCCCUACUUGCAAGUGUCCUAACCUAAGGAUAGUGAGUUUGGGUGGAAUGCCCAUAUAUGAUACAAAUUUUGGAUGGGGUAGUCCAAUCUAUAUGGGUUGGGCUAUUGUUCCCUUUGAAGGGCUAUCAUUUAUCUUGCCAAGCCCAUUAAAUGAAAGGAGUUUGUCUUUAAUUAUAUGCUUGGAGACUUGUCACAUGGAGCUCUUCAAGAAAUUCUUUUACAGUGAAGGAGUUGGCUCCAUGAAAAAAUAUUAUAAGCCCAGCGCUUUAUAA